GAGAGCCUCUGAUAACUGACAGUGUCAUAGAGUAUUUCUGUGAUGAAGGCUACAUGCUGAAGGGAGGUUACAACUUCCUGACCUGUGAGAAUGGAGAGUGGAAUCCAACCAUGGAAGUUAGCUGUAGGUUCAGCGAAGCUUUGUUCUGUGGGGUCUCCCCAGCUGCACAGGAAUUCCUCUCCCAUGACUGGAAAGUAAAGCACUCUGGAGGAAAAUGUUUAUCAUGCUGCUGCAUUUCAUUGUCCAUAGGUUUUCUGGUUAAAAAAAGUGUACAGGAUAAAAACCUGUGAAAAACAAGAAUCCCUCCUGCCCCUCUAGUCUUUCUGUUGAGUCAUCCUGCCAGUUUAUAGACCUCUAAGAUUAGUGAAGAAAAAAGCAAAGUAACUUGUUUGGAAAGGAGUAGAAGAGCUCCCCCCUCUCCCCACCUUCCCUCGCCUCUCCCUCCUCCCCACUUCCACCACCACUUUCCCUUGCCCUUCUUGGAGUUCACCCCAGUUCUGUGAUUGCUCCCAUGCUGUCCCAGAGCAGUAGUUUGCCCAGUGUCCCUGCUAAGUCUGUUCUGACAAGCUUUGCUCUGAGCUCCUGUGCAAGAGAAAAUGAAAUUCACCUGGCACCAGAUAGACCCUGCAUGGGCUCUUUGAAUUCAUUAAAAUUUCUGUUGGUCAUCACAGUUCCUCUUCUAUCCCCAAUCCUUGCCAGAAAGCUGUACCACAACAGUUAGCCUGUCUUGGAUACCAUCCCCAAAAGGUAGCGUUUUCCCCACAUUAGGACUGGAAGUAGCAAGUGACAAGUAGUGAUCAUGCAGCUCUUCAGUAGUGUCUUGUGGGAUGGAACAUGACCUGGGCUGGCCAGAAAUAUAGGGCCUCAAAAUGCUGUUAAGACUUGGGGUAUACCUCCAAUGCCCAUGGUUGAUGAGCAGUGCUGCUGGGCAGUGGUGAACGCUGCUUGCCCUCAGCCCUACUUAUAUUCAAGAUUAGUGCAAAUUCAUUCAGCUGCAGUAGUUACUGGACAUCCAUUGUCAUCAGCUGUGUAUAGUUGGAAGCGCAGAUGAGUUUUAAUGAUUUAGUGGCAUCUUCAGAGUGAGGAAAUCAAACUUAGAAAAAGAGCAGCUCUAACAAUUACUUAAAGUAUGAGUAAAAUCCCACCUGCCCCAAACAAAUUAAAUGAAGGCCUGGCAGACCUGGCAGUGGGGAAAAAAACACACUGUAUUACUGAUGCUAGCCCCUUGGCUAUCCCACAUUAAUACUGGGCUUUAACAGUCUCACCAGUUGACUAAUAGCUAUGCUCCAGUUCCUGGAAGCUGCACUUGGGAAAGUUAGCAGCUUUUACAGCAUUGCAUACUGGUGCUCAAAAAUUAACACUGAUGUCUGCUUACCCCUCCUGGUAAGUUUUUCACCCCUCCACCCCUCCUGAAAAAUAAUCUCCCAAAACGCAAAGCCUAGUUCAAUCUCCCUUUAGGGUACAAAAGCAGAAUGUAGUAUGGUGUGCUUUUCUGAAGCUUCUACCUGCCACUGAAACAUUUUAGCUAUGCGAGGACAAAAGUAGCCACCCAGCAGGCCAACGCUAAAGCAUGAAGUGAAUGCAAGGAUGGGUUUUCAGGCCACCUGGCUGCGUUUUGAGGAGACUCUUGGUUGUGGCCCUAAGGAAUACAUUGAAUUCUAGCAAACUGGAAGUUGUGCUAUACUGGAGUGAGUUGCAUGAGAAUGCCCUGUAUAUGAAGCACAUAGGAACUAAAGAUCACUGGCAAAAAGACAAAGAUUCUCCCCCAACAAUUGGGGUGCCCACCUUGUCCAUCGUGGCCUCCACAGCGAGUUCAGUAGCUCUGAUCCUUCUCCUCGUGGUGUUGUUUGUUUUGCUGCAGCCAAAGCUGAAGUCCUUCCAUCACAGCAGACGUGACCAAGGUGUGUCUGGGGACCAGGUUUCUAUCAUGGUGGAUGGUGUCCAAGUGGCUUUGCCGUCCUAUGAAGAAGCAGUCUAUGGCAGCGCAGGGAACUGCAUUCCACCCUCGGAUUCACGGGUGCAGAUCGUGCUGUCAGAGGGAGCUGGGCAGAGUGGAGCAAGAGAGAUGCAACAGCAGCAUCACCAGCUGCAGGACCAGGGAGCUCAUAAUAGCUUCACAGGGGAGGAUGAGGCCCCAGGACGCUCUGGACUGUAUGAAGCCAGUGGCUCUCAGCGCUCUGAGACUGUUCUUGUGCACCAGGCCACCACCUCUUCCUGGGUAGCUGGUGUGGCUAGCAGCAGGCCUGUACACCAAGAGGCUCAAGACUCAGAAAACAGUGACAUACAAAGCCUUUUAUCACUUACUUCCUCUGAGGAAUAUACAGAUGAUAUUCCAUUGUUGAAGGAAGCAUGAGGCCUGCUGCACUUGUUUAGCCUUCUUCCUCUUGGUUUCUCCUUUCUUCCUUGGGAUGCAAGCACUCUGUGCAACCUUCCCCACCCUUGCGAGCUGUGCCCUGGAUAUCUCCAAGCAAAGACCCCUCAGCUCAUGAUCCAAAGGAUGUCGCCAGGUUGCCGCCUCAGUGCGCAACUGGGGUUGGUGCAGUUCUGGCCUCCCCAUUCCAUCUGCAUUAGGGGCUCAAGUAAUGUAAUGAAGUUGAGCUCUUCCCUCUUCUUCUUUCCCCCAGCCAGUUGUUUGACAGCAGUCUCUGCAGAGCUGCUAUUUACUUGUGCCUUUCUCCUUCUCACACCGGCUUGUUGCAGCUUCUCACAGGCCUCGCAAGCUCUUCUGCUGCACAGAAUGCAGGAGCCAAGAACUACUUGCUCACUGAGUGCAGACAUGGUUUAUAUAUAGGCUCUUCUUCCAGCAUCCCCCUUGCAUCUAGGACAGGAUAGGAUUCCCCCUGAGUGCCAAGCCUGGGCUUGACUGAAGUUCCAGAAUGGGUAAUCUACACUAUCCAACAGUGUUCAGCAUUGUUAAGAUGAAGUGGUGCCCUCUGUUACUUAGCUGCCCAAUAACAAGUUAUUGGGUAUUGCUAGCAAUGGUAAAAAAAGAAAUCUGCUGUUUUUUACAGGUUUCUGGGGAUGCCUUCUGUCCCUUACAAAACCCUGCUGAAAUAGCAGCGUGAUUGUAAAUCUGCAGGAUUCCACUCCAGAGUCCCAAUAUCACUCCGUAAUCCACUUGGUAUUUUUUGUGUCUAGAAGUCUGGGGCUGUGUUUUCACUAAAAACCAUUAGCAGUUCUUCCAGGGUUGGGCUAGUGUAGGGACAGCUUCAGGGGUUAAAUCUGAGAGAAUUUCUGUGUGUGGUCAGCUCUCAACAAGGCCAAAAGCAAGCAGACUAAUAGUACCACUUGGAUCCUCUGAUCUGCAUUUUAACCAAGCCUAUGCUAACUGGAGGUUAGCCGCAUUCAUUUGACACCAGUGUGUGCUAGGAUUGAGCCUUGACGUCUCCAAAGCCCUGCUCUUGAGGGCUUCAAGUGGCUUUGGCUAGGUUUACAUAGUACAUUUUCCAUCCCGAGUAGCAGCCCUCAUUCACAUUGUGCUACUCUGGAUGGGCUGCUUCCCAAACAGAAAGUAGUACAAGGGCAAGUUAAAUAGCACUGCUGAGUGAUGGGGCCAGUUAGCUCACCCAUGGAGCCAUGCAUAUGGGACUACAUUGCUUCUGGUUUUAAAGAGGUAGCCUACUUGGACCAUUGUGUCAGAAGGUGCUGCCAUGGGGUGGGGUGGGGGAGCACUGUAAGGGGCCACAAGUUUGCCCUUUAGUUUACAGCCCUUGAAACUUUGAAUAAAUAACAAGGACUUGUUCCUGCUCUAGCUUGUUAGCCACCACUCCCUAGAACUUUACAUGACUUUAAAACGAAAAAAUGUCAGGAAUACUUUCCCCUCCCUUCAUUCUGCUCCCCUUUCCACCAAGCAGCAUAAGGGCUUUUCAUAUGCCCCCUGACCUCACAAACUCUCCUAAUGUUUGAAAAAUGUGGUCAGUGGGGGAGAAAAAAACCUAGCCAGGAAAUGUUUUGGCUUUGGAGUUGGGAUCCCUGCUGACCUUAUCAGCAGUAGUGCAGUGCUGAGCAGUGGAAGGCUGGGUCAUCGCUUUCUAAAUGGUUCAAACAUCUCUUCCUGACUUCCCGCCAUCAGAGUCAUGUGGCUGUUUUAUCCCAACAGAUCUCUGAGCAUGUGUUAUAGUCCCCAUCCCAUAGGCAUCUUCAUGUGUGGGAGAACAAUGUAUUUGCUAAACAUCUUUUUAAAAGCAUGAGUGAAUGCAGUGUGGUUUCCUUGCCUGGUGCUUGGGGAGAGGGCAUGGCAGGUAUUUAAACAGUGGGCUAGAGUAUAUAAGUUAGGAGUCCACCCACAAAGGUGGAGAAGGUAGGAACUUGUCAGUACAUGCUGAGGUUUGUUCUAGGUGGGGUUCCCUAUAGGAAACAUACUCGCUGUGCUCAGAUUCAAUUUCAGUUCAGUGGGAGCAAUGAGAGAUGGCCUUACACAGCAAGUUGUAACUUAUGGGGAGAUGCUACUUUUCCCAAUAAUGGGUGGACUCCACUUCUAUUUAUAAUUUCCCCCCCAGUUCUCCCUCCCACACGUGCACACAAUUGGUUCUGUGGUAUGAAGUCAGUGCUUUAUGUACCUCUUUAAAAAAAAAAAAAAAAAAA